AUGAUGAAGAGCAGCAGCACCACGUCUGACGAGCGCCAUCAAGCCGAGGAGAAGAACAUCCCCAACAACAAGAGUUUCAAACUUGGUUUCGUCCGCUUCAGCUUCGUCGAGCUUGUGAUCCAGUCCUUCGAAUGGUGGACUGUCCGUGAGUCUGUCCGCAAGGCUGUCUAUGCCGAUAUCUAUCCUAAUCGAUUGACCUCUGGAUCCAGGGAGCAUUGUACCCCUGUCGCUGCUGAUUGCAUCCAUGUCGAUCACCGUAUUCACCGCAAUUCUUACUUGCAAGUUGACGAUAACAGCCGUCCCUCUACCCCCACCGCCGGCGACCCAGAGGUCUUCACAUCAUUGGGUCAGGUUCAGCGGUCCUUGCGAUAA